AUGUCCGCAAUGUGGCGCACGGGUCCGCCCGGGACCGGAAGUGGAGGGGCACGACGGCGCAUCAAUCAACCAUCGGCGUCCACCAUCCGGCCAUCAACCGCGUCAGUGAGCGGGCCGCACCGAUCAAUGGGCUGGACCGGGUUCCCGGUGGCCCUCAGCGUUCUGCUCCUGCUGCUAUCAACCGCCGGCGACGCACUCGCAACCCGGGGCCAGGAGUUGGAGCGCCCUGGGGAAGACUACUACGCCGCCGCUGUACGGGACAUCGUCACCAAGUGCAUCAACCGGUGUCCGGAUCAGAACCAAACCAGCUUCACCGAGCACAUCGACGCCAGCUGCGGGAACGACUGCUACAUCAAACAGUGCACCAUCGGAUGUCAACAUUGGAGACUUGCGCUGGAGUCCAGUUGCCAGAAUGCAUGUAACAUUACCAACCAGGAUAUCCUAGAGGCACGCGAGUGGUCCUGCAUAAUGGGCUGCAACGAUGGGCUGAACCAGUACUUCCGAUGGCUGAAGGCGGAGAUAGGAACGCCGCAGGCACCGGCUCUAGUGGCCGACAGUCUCACCGCAACGGCGCUCUCGCUCGAGUGGGAAGUGCCGGAGCGGUUGCUGGACGUGUCGCUGCACCGGAACCACGGGCCACGCAGCUAUCUGGUGCAGUGGCGCUACGAGGAGGUCGCUGGCGAUUGGAAGUACUGCCGCAAUCAGAGUAUGGGCGAAAACUCCACCGUGCGCGUCGACAACCUGCAGCCGUACACCAAGUAUCGCUUUCGCGUAGCGCUGCUGCUGUCGCCCAAGCACGACCAGGUGCUAACGUCGGAGCAGAGCGUCAUCAUCAGCACGCUGCCCUCAGGUGUGCCGACAUCGAAGCCAAAGAUUGUACGAGCGGUAGCGGUAGAUCACUCACGCAUAUCUAUCUCAUGGGAACCGGGACCAUUUCCGAAUGGGCCCGUACUGUCAUAUGUGCUUCAAAUCAAAGAACUCCAUCCGAUUGGCUACAGUGCGAUCAAGGAUAUUACCGAAUCCAGCACUACGCGGUACUACAUCUUUGAGAAGCUCGACCCGGAACGCAACUACUCGGUGUCGGUUGCAAUGCGCAACCCGGAGGGAGAGGGACCGGCAUCGAUCACGCACGUUACCACGCCCGUGAAGCCGAAGGGUCUGGAGGAGAAUUUCCUCCCAACGUUGAUACUUGGCGCGGAGCGGUCGAUUCUGACGCAGAGCUAUAAUAUGUUCACCGACGCGCCGACCAGUUUCUACAGCAGCCCGAAGCAGAAGAUCCUCGGCACGGCCACCCAUAUCCGGCGGGGGCUUAUCUUCAUCUCGGAUGAGGCGGGCUACGUCUACCGGGUGCCGUCGAGGCCCGACGCCGAGCAGGAUCGCGUCGCUAUCCUCACCCCUAGCGCGGGCAACAACUUUCGCCCGACGCUGCUGUCCGUGGACUGGCUGAACGAUCACCUGUACAUUUUGGGCCAGGUACGGAACACGAUGCUGUGGCAGAUAUCGCACUGCGACUUCGAUGGCGGGCAUCUGACGGUGGCCAUAGCGGGCCUGCAGCGCGGUCCGGACUACUUCGAGGUGGACCCGUUCAACGGCUAUCUGUUCUGGGUGGUUGGUGGCAGCCGGGCCGAUUCGGGGCUGUUCCGGCUCGACCUAGGGGACAUCUCGAACGGUGUGAAGCACGAGAUCAAGCCACACCAGAUGGUGCCGGGCCAGAACUUUGGCGCGUUCGCCAUCGACCAUACCAACUUCCGCGUGCUGAUCGCCGACCAGAGCCUCAACACGGUGCUGUCGGUGUCGCUGGACGGCAAGCAGGUGGAAAACAUCCGCAACAACACGCAGCAACCACGGUUCGAGAAGGUGAAGUCGCUGGCGCUCGCCAACGGGCUGUUCUACUGGACCAACGGCACGGAGGUGUUCGCCGAGGACUACCACAAGGUACACAACAGCUACUAUCACAACGCCUUUCCGAUUGCGUCGAACAACACGUACUUCAGCAUCAGCGUUAACCUGACGUCGGAGCAACCGAUACCGAUACCGGUCAAUCCGCCGCGCAACGUGCAGGCGCUGGUAUCGCCGGACAAGAUCAAGAUCUCCUGGGACGUGCCGUACCUGCUGGGGAUCAUGGGCAAGGGUGCGUGGCAGGGAUGGCGCUACCGCCUGGAGGUGACGGAUGAGGUGCGGGGCACGGUAAUCCACACGGCCGAAGCAAACGGAACCAGCUACGCGAGCGACAUCGACGACCGGCUCCAGCCGAACCGGGUGUAUGUGAUACGGGCCACCGCCUUCACCGUCGCCGGUCUCGGGCCCUGGAGCCGCGAGUUCCACGUGCGAACGCUGCGCACCAAACAGCAGCGCCAUCUGGUGUGGGCCAGCGCCGACGGCAUCAUGCGCUCGGAUGUGAUCGGCGAGAACGUGUCCACCAUGAUCGGCCGGUCGGCCGAGCUGGAUGGGUCGACCGUCACCAACCUCGCCUGGUACAACGACACGCUGUACGUGGUCAGCAACUCCACGCUGCGGCUGUACCGGGCCGCACCGGCCGGUGUCGGCGGUUGGGUGAAGUUCCGCGAGCUGGAAUCCGUCGAGUGCGUCACUAUCGACCCGAUCGGGGAGCGGCUCUACUUCUCCAACCCGGCGCAGCAGAUGAUAGUGCGGGCGGGGCUGCACGGGGAGCAGCACGAGCCGAUCCACAGCGUGAUGAACGUGCGCGAGCUGCGGUUCGAUGCGCAACGCGGAUUCAUCUACUGCUCCUCCGGGCUCAUCCUGGAGGCGUUCCGGCUGAACGGCAAGAACCGGGUGCAGUAUUUCAGCGCCAGCCUCUUCACCGGCAAGCAGAUCGUCGGCAUGACGCUGGACGUCGACGGGCAGAAGGUGUUCUGGAUCGUGCGCAGCUACUCCCACUCGCACCUGUACUGGGCACCGCUGGCCGGGGUGCCGGUGACGACCGCCGUUCCUACCCGCGCCCCGCUGCAGCCGGAGUCCCGCGUGUUGACGGACCAAACGCCGCAAGGUCCGCUGCUGCACUUCAGCGACCGCUUGCUGUGGCUCAAGGAGAGCCAGGUGGUGAUUGGGGACGUGCGGGGCGAAAAUCUGGCCUACAUUCGCAGCCGCCAGCUGAAUGGGACGCGCGCCUUCGCCCUCAUCGAUGCCGGCGAGGUGGAUCUUGUGCAGCGGGCGGGACAGCGCGGACACACCGGCUUCAACGUGCUGCCGGCGACGGUGGACAGCAGCACGAUACGGGUGACGGGCGACUGGCGUCGGUUCAACAUCAGCUGGGCGCCGGUGCAGAACGUCAACUACACCAGCGUGUUCUACAAGCUCAUCCUCAAGCUGCCGGACGCGCGAGACAUCGUGCAGGAGCUCACGGUGCCGUACUUCGUGUACGGCGACGGUCCGGAGCACGAGACGAUUGCGCCGUACACCGCCAUCGACAUUACGCUGCACGCGUUCACCUACUGGCGGUCGUCGGGUUUCGCGACCACGCAGCGGCAUACGCCGGCCGGCAAGCCUUCCGUGCCCGUCGAUUCGCGUGCCUUCGUUCACUAUCGCUACCGGGAGGACUCGUACGAGCUGUCCGCGAGCAUCGUGUUCCGCUGGUCGCCGCCGCUCGAACCGAAUGGACCGAUCGUCGCCUACCGGGUCGACUGCUGGACCGGGUACAACGCGACCACCGCGAAGAGCGUACUACUGGAUGGCGAACGCAUCACCAGCGUAGGAGGGCGUGCGGAGCUACGACUGCCCGGUCGGGUGCAUCCAAACACCACCUACUUCCUGCAGGUGCGCGUUUGCAAUGUCGACCACGAGGGUGACCCGAGCGCGGUCCGUUGGGUCAGCCUGAGCGAACCCGGCCAGACGCUACCCCUUCUGUACGUGGCGACGCUCGAUCAGAUCCUUCUGUUCGAUCUGGAUCGCGGCACGAGCAGUGCCGUCGUGAGCACGGCGAUCCCCGCCACCCUGUUGGCCGAACUGCGGCACGAGCGCAAGCUGCUGUGGGUAAACGUCAACGGUGAGCUGUUCAUCAACGACGAUGUCGAUGGGAAGCGAAAGCUGAUGCAGAUCCCACCGUCGCAGGGCAAGGUGACAGCGCUCACGGUCGACUGGAUCGCACGGACGGUGUACAUGCGCGUGCAGCCACCGACCCUCGGGAGCAACGGCACACUGCACGUCUUCGAUCUGAAUCGCUUCGAAAACGGUGGUACCGAACCGGGCACGCUGAGGCCGAUCGUGCUGCCAGCCGAUCCGCCGCAGAUCGACAUCCUCCAGGCGUUCCCCGAGCAUCGAACGCUGCUGGCCGCAUCGCGGGAGUCUCGCACCGGUUACAUUCUGUCACUCGAUCCGAUCUACCAGCCGGUGGGAGAGGUGAUGUACUUUAACUGUUCCGCUAGCGACGAUGCUACCGAGCAAGCCCGUGCAGUUUGCGACCAGUAUGGGGAGAUUUUCGACAGCGAUGGCCGCCAGGCAGUGACGCAGGAUGCGAGUUUUCUGUACUGGAUCGCCAAUGGCACGGUACAGAUGCAGGCACGGCAGUACGAAAACCGCACCACGGUUGACCAUGCCGACAGUGACUGGCAGUGGCCGCAGGUUGAGGAUGCCGGUGCGCUCCUUCCCGUGCAGCAUCAGCCGUAUCCGCGGGCGAGCUGCCUGGUUCCGGCCGUGCACGGCGUGCAGUACCGACCGUCGUUGCAUCAGGCCACCGAAAACUCGCUAACCUUGCUGCUUCCGGCUCCCGAAACACACGCGAACUGCAGGAUGCGACCGCCGGGCAUUCGCUACCGCAUCCAGUACCGUACGCUCUCGUCGACGCCGGGCCAGGACAACGAGCUGCACGUCACGGAAUCCUACAUCCAGCGCGCCACCAUCGGCGGGCUGCGACCGUUCACGAAGUACGUCUUCUGGGUGACACUGCUGAACUACUACACCGCCGCGCUCAACGGAACCAUGGGGUUCCAGAUCGAUGCGCCCGAUCAGGAGCCGACGGCAAUGUCGACCAUCUUUUCGACCGCCGCCGGGGCACCGUCGAAGCCGGAAAAUAUGCGCGCCCUAUCCAUCAGCCCCUCGGAGGCGAUUGUUAGCUGGCGGCCGCCGAGGCAGAAGAACAACGAUCGCGUGUGGUACGAGAUCUACUGGGAGACGGAAACCAGUGGGCGCAAGAACCGGCAGCAGCAGCGUGUGAUAGAGUUCACCGAGAUCGACGAUAUACUGUCGAUGAACCUGACCAGACUGCAACCGGAUCAGACGUACAGCAUCGGCAUACGGGCGUACUCUACCAGCAACGCUUUCAGUGACAGUGAAGCAGUUGAGAUACGAACAUUCGCCGAGCCGGGCGACAUCGAGCUACUGUCAAUCAAUUCCACUGGCAUGCGGAUACACUGGGAGCCACCGGUGAACGCUCACAGAUACAAGCUGCAGUACGCCCCGGUAGGAACCAACAACUGGCUGAUGAUGUACGAUUCGCAUACAGAUGUGCAUACCACACGUACAGAAUCCACGCAUGAGAAGCCGCACGAUCGAUACACGCACGAGCUGAACGAACUGCUGCCGAAAACGCUCUAUCGGUUCUCGAUACUCAUCUACUAUCCGGACCGGGAUGUACCGUACAUGUGGCCUCGGGAGGCGAAGCAGUUCGGCUUCGAGACGCUCGCCGACAAACCGGGCACACCGGGUCGUCCGCUGGUGACGCAGCUGCGCCAGGACGUGUACAAGGUGAACUGGACGCCGGCCAAAGACAACGGUGCGUCGAUCGAGGAGUACGGACUGGAAGCGCUGGUGCGCCACACGAAGCGUGCGGUGCGCUCGGUGGAGGUGGACCCCGACCCGGAGCUGGGACCGCAAGACGACGAUGCCGACAACAGUGCGGGCGAUGCUAGUGUCAAUGGGGUGGACGCAAACGGCAUCGCGAAUGUGACGGCCACCGCAUCCGAGCCCGAGUUCGUGGACGAACACUGGAGCCAGGUGUACAACGGUACGGAUACCUACUGGAUCAUUCCGGAGCGGCACGCCAUUCAUAAUAAUCUGUUCCGCGUGCGGGCUCGCAACUCCUUCGGCUGGGGACCGUACAGCGAGGUGAGUCGCCCGAUCGGUGAGGAGCUGAGCAGCGAAAGGGCGAUCGCGUAUGUGGUGGCGUUCAUCACCGCACUCGUCACUGUCGUAGUAAUCGUGUUCACAGUAAUGAUUUUCUGCAUGCGUCAGGCAGAGAAGAGGAAAAACUUUCCCACUGAACCGGCCGGAGGAUCCCGGCUGCCGGACGUCGAGCUGGCCAUUCUGCGGGAGCUACCGCGGCGCGGAAACUUUAUCCACAGCACCAACAUUCUCUACAGCUCCGGGUCGGUGCCCGACUCCGAGAUGGCACUGCUGCCGCAUAUCCGUAGAGAUCAGAUCUCCAUCGAGGUGGGUCCGCUGUUGGGAAGCGGUGCAUUCGGCGAGGUGAACGAGGGUCUCGUGAAGGGUGUCGAUGGUGAAAUUGAGACUCGGGUGGCCAUAAAGACGCUCAAAAAGGGAGCAAAGGAGCACGAAAAGCAAGAGUUCCUGCAGGAGGCGCAGCUGAUGAGCAACUUCAAGCAUAAGCACAUCACGCGCCUACUGGGCGUAUGCAUCGACGGCGACGAGCUGAUGAUCGUGAUGGAGCUGAUGCAGGGCGGCGAUCUGUUGAGCUACCUGCGCCGCAGCCGCUCCGCACCGGGCCAGGCGGCACGACUUACCAUGCUCGAUCUGAUCUCGAUGUGCCAGGACGUUGCGUCCGGCUGUCGCUACCUGGAGGAGAUGCAUUUCGUACACCGAGACCUGGCCUGCCGCAACUGCCUGGUGUCUUCGGUGGAUCCGCGCGAUCGCGUCGUCAAGAUUGGCGAUUUCGGGUUGGCUCGGGAUAUUUACAAAAACGACUACUACCGCAAGGAAGGUGAAGGACUGUUACCCGUACGCUGGAUGUCGCCGGAGAGCCUGGUCGACGGUGUGUUCACCUCCCAGUCGGACAUCUGGGCGUUCGGUGUGCUCCUGUGGGAAAUCAUGACGCUUGGCGAGCAGCCGUACCAGGCGAAGAACAAUGUCGAGGUACUCCAUCACGUCCGCGAAGGCGGCCAUCUUGAUCGGCCAAAAGUGUGCCCGAACGAAAUGUACGAGUUGAUGAAAUACUGCUGGAGAUUCUCGCCGGAGCAACGACCCACGUUCCGCUACUGCCUGGAGGUGCUGAAGGCGCUGCGCGAAAACACCAGCGAGGACACGCAGAUCAUCGCUCCGUUUCCCGCGAAGCUGCAGCAAGAGGCCGUAUCCAAUCCGGGUUACUUGGUCUCAGAACCUGGCCAAAAUGCGUUUCCGGCAGGUACGCUACGCUACAGGCAGCAGGGUGAGUGUGAUCCGGCCCUGCUAGGAACGCCACCAACGUCGAGCAGUGGUAGCAGUGGAGCGGCCGCCAGCAUAGGAGGCCCGAAAUACUUGGAGCUACUGUACGAGGACAGCAAUGAGGGACAGCACAGCCAUCAGCUCGCGCAACUGCCACAGCAGAGCUCACCGGUCGGUCAGGAGAAGCUACCGAUACUGGUGCCGCCCACCGACAAUGGCUACGAGAUUCCCAUCACCGACAAGCGUUGCCAGGCCGCACUGGCACGUCAACUACAGGAGAGUGCUCCGUCGCCGUUACGCACACCUGUUGACGCCUGCUCCAGUCUCGACCCGCUGCUUCCAGUGUCCAUCAACAUGGCACGGCUCUUCCCGGACCGCUACGUCGGACAGGCCGGGGUGUCGACGAUGGGUAGCUUGGACCGCCAGAUGGUUGUCGGCCCGGUGCUGGACGGUCUCCAUCACAUCGCCGUGCGCAGGGGAACGGAGGUAGCCUUGCCAAUGGCCGGCGAGGACGUGGUAGUCGAAAUAUGCAGUAGUAUUACAGAUCAGGACGAGUGGAAGCAACAGAGCUGA